AUGGACGACGUCCAAGUGUUCGACAAACCCGUUCCUGGGCGAGUUCUGAAAAUGCUCUGGAACGAAAAUCACGAAAUCACUCAUUACAUCGUCGAAUACGUCCGCCAGGGGAAUAUCUACUCGCCGACGAUGGACAAUAACGAAAAAUACAGAUUCUUUUUGCUCGAAGACUUCAAAAAGCUUCUUUGCUCUUGGGAAGGUUCUUCUUGGUUCGCCGGGCCAGAGCCGUACGAAUUCAUGUACCGAUCGCUGAUCGACCUUCACCCAUUCGACUUCUGCGUGAGAACGUUUCCUUCUUCGGAAGACCCGAUUCUUUUAGCCAUUUAUCCGGAAAGCAUGUACACAAGCGACGAGAGGGAGAAUCUGUUCGUGGGAACAGCGACAAAUCCCGACCAGCCGAUUUACACGAAAGAAGAGAGACAGACCUUCAAAGAAGCGAUCGAAAAGAUCAUUUAUCCAAGUCGAUUCAUCAAUUUUCGAGCAUUUCAGACUCUUUUCAAAGAAUUCUUCGCGAACCAUUCCUUCGCAAGUCCUGUAAUCGAGUGCUUCUGGCGCGCCUUUCAAACCCGCACAGUCCGUUUCAUCUCGAUCGACGACUUCAUUUGCGGCCUCUGCGCCACUCAUCUAGAACAAAACCACGGAAGCCAAAGCGGCAAAGUGCGGACAAAAAUGAUGUACAAAUUCUACUCGCGAAACACGGAGCAAAUGACUUUCGAAGAAUUUCAGGCUUUUUAUUGCCAGACGAAGAGUUUGACCCGCGUUGAGGAAAAUAUUGAGGAUUUCAAGCAGACUUGUAUUUUGUUUGGAGUAUCUGGCAGAUCCGGACCGCUGAGGGAUGUAUUUAUUGAUGUGAUUGGGAAGAAAAGCUCCAGUCCCAGUCUCAAAAGGCCAAAACUAAACGGGACGACUUUCAAUCCUGAUUUCGAAGAAGAAAACAGCCUCGAUGGACUCAACCUUUCAGAAUCUGACAAUUCAGUCAACGCUCAUUUCGACUCGCUCUCCACGCCAAUUCAAUCGCGAAAGAAGAAAAACUACGUUCUAGCGACGCACUCGAUUUCGCUGAAGAAAUCCGGAAUCAUCAGUAAUGUCACCGAUGUCUGGAAACUUGCUGGAGCGAAAUUUCCGACCGAUAGUCCUUCAAGCAAAGACAUAAGAAAACAAGAGUCGAUUCGGGUUUUCGACAAGAAAUCGUUCGCAAACGAGAUGCUGCAAGCGCUGAAUUUCUUUGCCAAAGAAAGAAGAAGUGGCGACCAUCCGAAGGGGACCUUCAGUUGGGGCUCUCUUCAAGACUCGAUUCGUGGCAAUUUCGCCUCCUGCCUCAAACACGUCUGCAAAGAAGCCCUGUCGAUUCUCCACCAAGAAAAUCGUCUCUUGAAAAUUGAAGCGCCCUGUUACAUAAUGGGCGAUAUUCACGGCAACUUCGAGGACCUCCACAUGUUCGAAAAGUUGCUCUAUCGUUCUGGAGUCGCUGUAACGCCGGCAAGGUUUCUUUUCCUCGGCGAUUACGUUGACCGGGGACAGAUGGGAAUCGAGUGUGUUGCGCAUUUGUUGGCGCAGAAGAUUCUAGCCCCCUCAAAGGUGUUCCUCAUAAGAGGAAAUCACGAGCAUCGAGAUGUCCAGUCGCAUUUUACAUUUUACGACGAGUGUAUCAAACGCUUUGGCGAUCAGUCGGGCAAGGACAUCUGGGAGCUGAUUAAUCAAGUGUUCGAUGUGAUGCCGAUUUCGGCAGUGGUUGACGGGCGGAUUUUCUGCACUCACGGGGGCAUUCCAAACACGCGUUUUUACGAAAACUUUUCGUCCUUCGAAAACGCAGUGAACGCGAUUCCAAAUCCUCUUCGCGAUCCGGAAGGAAUGUCUUCCCUUGCUUGGGACUUGAUGUGGGCAGAUCCGGCCAGAGCUGGCGACAUUAAAAACGCAGCUGGAGACAAUUCAGCGGCGCAGAAUGAAUUGACCUUUAUGGAGAAUACGAGGAGGAGGACUUCUUGUUUGUUCACCGAAAAGGCGCUGAAUCAGUUCUUGAAAAGAACAGGAUAUCAAUACGUAAUCCGCGCUCACGAAUGCCAGCAAAACGGCUUCAAGAUCCAGUUCGACUCCCUCCUGACUGUAUUUUCCUCUUCUUCCUACUGCGGCGGCACAAACUCAGCUGCCUGUAUCCUCGUCGACGAUGACAAGAUCAGAACGAUAAGACUCGAUUCUGACGCAAAGCAGCAAAAUGGAACUCCCAGAAACAGCGGCCAAGAAAGUUUAAACAAGCGAGCAUCAUCAAAUAUCCAGCAAAAAGCGCCACUCAAAGGAGCUCCGAGACCAGAUGGAAUCGACACCCUUAAAUUCGAGCAAGUCAACGUUCAGGAGAUCCAAAAACGAUUUGACUCUGUAGAAGACUCGCUCAGACAGAUCAAAGCUGCUAGAACGAGCGAUCCUGAUGCAGACGAGAAUACAAAAAUGUUUCGUAUUGGAUUUUGGGUUUCUGCGAUAGUAUUCUCCGCUGGGUUCUUUUAUGCUUGUUUCGAUCAACUAGUGGUUAAUAAGGGUGGAGCAUUCGUAACUCGCGAACAAAACGCUCGCGCAUACGAAAAACAAGCAGAAAUCCUCCAUCUCUACGAAAAUAACAUCACAAAGAAAGAUUAUCUAAACAAGCAAUUGGAAGAAAGAAGACGCGAGUAUCAAGAAAAACGAGCAGAAGAAGAUAAAUCAGUAAUGCCGUCCGAAUGGCGUCGAGCAAAUCUGAAAAUCAAUCCAGCUGAAAAUUAUUUGGAAGAAAUUAAACGAGUUGGAGAAAGAGAAGAAGAUCCGCGAAGUUUAGAAGAAAUUAAAGCUAGCGUCGAAAGACUUUCAAAUUCAAACCGUUGA